AUGAAAUGUAAACCCUGCCACUCUGCUACAAUUUUGCAUUGGACAUUGUCUACUGUCCCAUUUAUCCCCCAAAGGCUUCUUAUUAACUUCCUUGCCAGAUACCCAGCAAUCAAGUUUGCAUCUCGAGAAUGGAAUCAUGCCCCACUUGCUGAACAGAAUCUGCUUUUGAUAUUCAGCACAUCCAUUUUUUUGUUCAUGUUCAGUCAUAUGGUUUUAGCGAAUGAGAUUGGACGGUCACUGGCAUUGGUGAACAAAGUCGGCUCUCUGUUGAGGCAGUACACGCAGUUCCUUGUAUAUGUGUUGGGUGUAGUUUAA